AUGGGGAAGAAAGGCUCACUGCAGCAGUUGCAUGCGAUGCCGCCGCGGCUGUCGCACCCGGACGCGCUGGCGGUAGUUGACCUCGCCGUGAACGGUGUGGUGGUGCGGCUGCACCUCGCGUCGCGGUGCUUGCCGUGCGCGUACACGGUUGCGUUGCCGGUGGAGGCGGUGCGCGCCAACGCGCGGCGCUACAACGGCUUCACGGAGCUGCGCUUCUGCGUGGAUGUGCCGCAGCGUAGCGCGCGCUGUCGAGGCCUGUUCCUGGCGCUGCGCCUCCCAUGGGACACCGUGCACUACCUUGGCCCGCUGACGCACAACGCCCCCGUGUCAUCGGCGCGCUUCGUGCGCGAGGUACCGUCGUCGGUGACGCUGCUGGUGGACGUGGACUGGUGUGCGCCCGUGGAGGUGGGUGCACCGCUGCCGUGCGAGAUGUUACUGAAGGAGCACGUGCGGACAGUCAUCGAGAACGACGAGUUCUGCGGUUCCAUCGCCGCGGCGCACGUGCAGAACCUCGUGCGCGACCUGCCCUUCUACGAUGCGGCGAUGCAGCGGUUCCGCAACUGGUCCGAGUACGUCAUCUUCUUCGCGGAGUGCUACCGCUGCUGGAGAGUUGUGCAGUAUGAGCCGGAGGAGCACGCAGCACUGGGGCUGAGCAGCCGCACGCCGGCGGGGGAGCAGCGCAUUGUUGCGAACUGUUACGCGGACGACUACGCCCGAGCGGAUGUGCACCGCGACCGCGUGAAGCGGCGGGCGCUGCAGGAGUUCCGUGACUGCCUGGCGGCGCGGGGGGUGGAGCUGAGCUGGCCGCCGCGGAAGGACCGCAAGGCGGAGCCGUUCUUCAACCUCUCGCGCAAGGUGCUGCUGAAGCUGGGCUGCGAGCGGAGCUUCCGCACGCUGAACAGCGCCAACUACCUGCACGUGCUGGAGGGGCUGCGAGCGUCGCACAGCGUGCUUUUCUCUGAGCUGCACCCCGUGCAGGUGGACACGGCCGUUUCGACGGACACGUCGCUGGAGCUGCUGCUGCGGCGAGUACCCGCGGCCAAACAGCCCCCCUCCCCGCUGCAGGGGUGA